ACUACAAAGAUCGCCGUAGGAUUUCUUUACCUUUGCCAGAAAGCUAAGUAUCAUAGAAAAAUAAUGAAAUUCAGAUUUUACCUGAGCUAAAAACUGAUAUAUCUUGGUAAAUUGUAGAAUUAAGUUAAGUUUUGUUUACUGUUCUGCUUUCCUGUCACGUAGUCCAGACAAUUGGUUUCAAAUACAGCUCUCUGAUUGGCUACUAUACAAUCCGUAUGUAAUAAUUUAUGCGCUGCUCGCAAAUUAUUUCUCCUCCUUCGCGACUUUCUGUGUCAAAUUGUGGUUGAAAUAGUCGGUAUUUUGGGAUGAAAAUGUGUUUCCAUCGAUUUCAAUCGUUUCAAUGACGCAUAUUGACAAACAGAAGUGAUAAGGUUUUCUUCUUGAAGCGAAGAGAACACAGUUUUCUCAAAAAUCAAAGCGGAAUAUGUAAUGAGGGAUAAUUCAUGAAUCAUGGCGGAUUGGGUUGAAUAUUUCUCUCGACACACACCUCCUGGAAACCUGAAAGAAGUGAGGGCAUCUGUCUGUGAAUUUGCAGGUAAACAUCGGGCAGCUGGAAAAGAAAUAGUGUUUGUGACGUCUGGAGGCACUCGUGUACCACUGGAGGAAAAUGCUGUUCGUUUUCUUGAUAACUUCAGCAUGGGAACCAGAGGAUCUGCUUCUGCUGAGUAUUUUCUAGAGCAAGGUUAUGCUGUGGUAUUUCUACACAGGCAGGGAUCAUUACGGCCUUUCACAAGGCACUUCCCAACUGAAGAUGUUCUUGAUCUGUUACAACUCAAAGACAUGCCUGAUGGAUCUACUCAAGUUCAAGUGAAUGCAAGCAAAGUGCCAAAAUUGACCCAAGUUCUGAAAAUUUACAGACAGGUACAAACUGCUGGCACAUUGUUGUUGAUUGAGUACAAUAGUUUGUCAGAGUACUUGUUUCUUUUGAGGAGUGUGGCCGAGUCUCUAGCUCCUCAUGGACCUGCAGUUAUGAUGUACUUAGCAGCUGCAGUCUCUGACUUUUACAUCCCUCCUCAAGAUUUACCAAAACACAAGAUUCAAUCAAAUGCUCCUCUGCAGCUUAACUUGGUGCAGUCCCCUAAAAUGAUGGCACCUCUUGUGAAAGAAUGGAUACCACAGGCAUUUACUGUCUCAUUUAAGUUGGAGACCGACAUGAACAUUAUCUCUAAGAAGGCACGCGAGGCUUUAGCCAAGUACUCACAUCAGGUGGUGGUAUCAAACAUCCUACAAACUCGCAAGAAGACAGUUGUGAUGAUCACUCCUACUCAAGAGACAGCUAUAUGGAUGUCAGAUUCUGAAUUAGAGGCUGGUAGAGAAAUUGAGGAAAAGAUUGUUGCUGAUCUUAAGAAAAUGCACCAGCACUUCUAUACUUCUGUUGUGAUGCAAGGUAACACAAGGUCAGUUAUUGGCUCUGAACAACUUUGUCAGAAUACCAAUCAGUCGAUACAGUCGAGUAUGCAGGUGGGCCAUUUUGUCACAAGCCAGAUACAAGCUCUUCCUGUUUCUCAAAAUGGAGGUGUAAUUUCUGGGUACUCGACUUACACUAUUCCAACCUCCUCACUUACUCUUCCGGCACCGGUGGUUACACAAAUUCAAGUGGUGAAAGCCCAGGAACCACCUCCUUCACAAGAAGUGAGCCAGACAUCAGUUGAGGAGUUGUCAGAUUCACCAAAUUCCUCAGCACAGAUCUUUGGCACGCUAUCUGAUAGUUGCUUAACAGCUGACAUGAAAGCCUUCAUUGAGUCCUUCCGGGCACGGCGGAUUGCUCUGGGAUACACUCAGGAAGAUGUGGGUAAUGAGCUGUCCCACAGCAAUGGACAUUCCUCUUACAGUCAGUCAUUUAUUUCACGAUUUGAAUCUAAAAACCUUGGUCUGAAGGCUGCAGAAAAAAUGAAGCCAGUUUUGCAAGGCUGGAUUGAGCAAAAAGAACAGGAGUGUGCCAAAGGGUUGAGAAUGUGCAAGAAGCGCAAAAGAAGAACUUCUUUCUCAAAUGAAACUCUUCAGUAUUUGAUUCAUGCAUUUGAACAGAAUCCAAAGCCUAGCAGUGCAGAAAUUAUUGAAAUUUCCUCUAAGUUGGGCCUUGAGCCAGUUACUGUUAGAGUCUGGUUCUGCAACCGAAAGCAAAUGAUGAAGCGAAUGGCCUCUGGAAAAGGCCGCCCUAAUCUCUCACUUAAAGCAGAGCUUGAUGCUAAGAAACAAGAAGACCAGAGCAUUGAGAAAGAACCAACAAAACUAGAUUUUACCAACAUGCCAGUUGGUCAGUUCUCUUUCACAGAAGACCGCGUAAAAGCCUUGGUGUGUUUGACUUCUGAGGGAAGCCCAGUGAAAAGUUCUCGCCCUACAGUUUCUACUACUGAUGUGAGCUUUGCCCAAGUGCAUGAUAAUAGUAUUGUUCAUUCAGUGUCCGGAACACGGAACACUGUACCAGAAAACACACAACUCAUUGAGCCAGCACUAAUCAGUAAUGGAGUAGCCACAUAUGAGACAGUCUCUAAUGUACCUUUGACUGAAUCUCAAAGUUGA